UUUUCUCAAACAAAUUAUAACUCGUUACUUCAAAAUUGGUUUUCAGAAGAAAGGAUGAAAUAGCUACAAAAAUAUCACGAUUACUCAGGUAACAUGGCUAAAAAAUAUUACAGGGUUACGUACUUGUAACAAAAUUAAUUAUGACGAUUAUGAAAAAACACUGUGCUCUAAAAACAUAUUGUACGUAUGAUGCUGUUCAUGUUCCAGAAAACCACGAAGAUAAUUGCGAUGUUAGUGGGUAUCAUUAGACCGUGGGGACCUUAUACAUCUUCAAACUUAAUGUACGAACCGUGGAGACUAUAAGUCUCUGUAAUAUUAGAAUAUAAUAGAAGAAUAGAAUUUGUUUUACGCCUGCAACUCCAGAGGUGUUGCAUGCGCAUUGCCGACCCUCGCUGAGCUCUGGCAACCUUACUCUCCGGCAGGAACACAACACUAUGAGUAGGGUCUAGUGUUAUUUGGCUGCGGUUUUCUGUAAGGUGGUAAUUUCGAGUCGAACUAAAUCCAGAAUUAAGGUGCGGUGGCUGUUUGGUACUUCCCCAGUUGGGCUCUACUCUAGAUCUGGAAUGACAUCCGCUGUGCUGUGCCCUACCACACUAAGCGAGACGUAAUUCACAGUGCCCAUACCUCUCUUUUGAACGUAGUUUAAGGACAUACCCCCGGCUUUACAUAUUUGAAAUGUUAAACACAAUGUAGUCGUAUUUAACCAUUAACCGCUGAUACCCAAAAUAUGGUUCAAAGUUAACGCUUCCAAGAAUGCUAAUGCACCGUUGCAGCAUCCAAGUCAACGAACCCACGCAUGCGCUGUGCUCAGCGUUCAUUCUAAGCGUGAACAAAUUUCGAUCUUAUCAUGUAGCCAACUAGAUCGGUCGGCUGGGAGCGCUACGAGGCGCUCAGAGCGCUCAGUUGGCCCGCGAGCGUGGUUAUAACGGUACGCAUUUUAUCGCGCGCGAUAAGAAAAGUUUGAUAAUUUACGCGAAAUGUGUUAGACGUUAUGUAAGUGCUGUGGGGAUUUUGUGAUUAUUUUUGUGGUGAGUUUUUUAUGAAGAAAUUUGAAGAAGCAGCCAUGAGCAGACCGCACCGGACUCGAGCGUGUUGAGGAAGCAACAAUGAGCAGGCGUUGCAGGAGCUUCGCCAUCAGCGUUCAAAUCAUCACCAUCAUCUGCCAAGUGUUGACGGAGGAACCCCGCUUCGCGGAGCCCAUCCCCAACGUGACUGUGGCAUUAGGGCGCGAUGCCAGCCUACCGUGCGUCGUGGAGCACCUUGGUACCUAUAAGGUGGCCUGGAUCCACAUCGACCGUCAGAUGAUCCUCACCAUCCACCGCCACGUCAUUACGCGGCUGGCGCGCUUCUCUGUCUCUCACGACAACGCUAUGACUUGGCUUCUGCAUGUAAGCCAGGUGCAGCAAGAAGAUAGGGGAUACUACAUGUGCCAAGUGAACACUAACCCUAUGAUCAGUCAAGUCGGAUAUCUUCAAGUCGUUGUACCACCCAAUAUCCUGGACGAGGAGAGCACGCAGUCCGCGGUGGCGGUGCGCGAGAACCAGAACAUAAGUCUGGUGUGCAAGGCGGACGGGUUCCCGGCGCCGAAGAUCAUGUGGCGGCGCGAGGACGGACAGCCUAUCUCCGUCGAAAAGAGGAAGAAAGUGACAGUCUACGAAGGCGACACGCUCAGUCUCCAGCGCAUCAGCCGCACGGAGAUGGGCGCCUACCUCUGCAUCGCGACCAAUGCGGUCCCACCCUCUGUGUCCAAGCGGAUCAUCGUGGACGUUGAAUUUUCACCCAUGAUCUGGGUGCCGAACCAGCUGGUAGGCGCGCCCGCGGGCACGGACGUGACCGUGGACUGCCACACGGAGGCGCACCCGCGCGCCAUCUCUUACUGGGUCUACGACAACGUCAUGGUGUUGCCUACGAAGAAGUACGCCAUCAAUACUGAGGAGAACUCUUACAGAGCGCAUAUGAAGCUGACAGUGCGAAACUUGCAGCUCGGUGAUUUUGGAAACUACCGGUGCAUCUCGAAAAACUCUCUGGGAGAGACUGAGGGCUCGAUCAGGCUAUAUGAAAUCCCGAUGCCAUCCACGUCGCCCAAAGCGACGGAAAUGAAGAGCAACGCAAACAAAGAACCGCGCCGGGCGAACGUUACGCGCGCCGUGCAACGAACCGAGGGCACAGAGCGGCCGAGCGUGGUGCGCGCGCAACUCGAUCGCGCGCCCGAGCGCGAGCGCGACGCGCAACACGUGUACCGCGCGCCGCCGCUGCACGUCUCAGGCACUCGAAGCGUCCACUGUUGGCGGCAACCUCUCGUCGCUGUUGUCAUCUUGGUACACAUCGACCUCGUAGUGUGAUUCUUUUACUGACCUCCCGAAAUUCCCAUAGAUUUUCCAGCUGAUAAAAAUUUCUAGACCCCAUACAUUUUUACUUCACAAAUAUUUUGAUAUUGCAGAAGGCUUGUAUUCGGCUCUAAACGAAUGUCUGUCAGAAAAUUACAUUGAGAGUUAGAUACUAGAAAUAGAAAGAUAUCACGACGUUUUUCUUUAAUGCAGUGUCACAUAGAAGUAGGUUAAUAUUUCAAACAAUUUAGACAAAAAAGUUACCGGUUGAUUUAGUAAAUAAAUUUUGUCUUCCGUUUUUAUCUGUGUUACUUAACUCUUCAAACAUCUUUAUCUAAUUAUUUUUGUGUACUUUCACUAGACUUAAAUCGACCGGGAUAUGGACCAUGAUUACUUACCUUUUGUUUCACGGGUAACUGGAGAUAGCGGGUGUGUGUCAAAUUCGUGUCAUAUUCCUGACAACUUAAGUCUAUUGAAGCUAACCGAGAAUCAUUCAAAACUGUAUAGUUCAUUAUAUUACUGAAAUAAAGACUUUAAAAUAUUCACAUAGUGACCAGCAAAAUUUAAACACACUAUGUAAAAAAACUCAUUAUGAUCUGUAUCUGAGGAACUCAAAUCAGAUGACCAUCAGAUGUAAUUUAAAUUGUGAUUUUUAUCAGAUAAUUUAUAUAGGUUACCAUUUGAAAUAACCAUAGAAGUGCUGUUAUUCCAAGCUGGUUAUCGGCCUGAUACGAUAUGAAUUGGAUAUGUCAGUCAACGAUUUUGUUUGAAGAAACGUCACUCUUCACACUGACAUAUCUAAUCCAUUUGACGUAUCUUUAAGUUCGAAUCAGGCCGUACGUCAAAAGUUAUGCAAAUAUUUCGUACUUAGACGUCAUCCAUCUGUAAAAGCGCGCGGCGCUGGGUGAUAACAUUUUUAACCUUUUGACCGCCAAAGACGUCAUAUGUCGCGUGCGGCUACAGCCCAAUAUCAACCUUCAUGCGUACCGACAAGGUUCACGAUUACGCGCCGCGUGCGAUAGGCGUGGCGCUCAAAAGGUUAAAGGUCUUUACGAAACUCGUAUAAUAUAUCGGUGGCCUAGCCAAGAUGACUAUCGUACAUUGACGAAAACCAAAAUAGAAAAGAUUAUUGUUUGAAAAAUCACAUGACUAUACUUCUAUACAUAUUUUAGUAUAAAUUGACGUGUUAUAUCAACAAUUUUCAUCUUGGCGUGACCCCCGGCGCGGAUUUAAGAAGCUAUAUCGUAAUGCCUAGUCUUUGUAUGAACUAUAAAAAUAAUCCGCCCAGUUGUUUAAAUUUUAGUUUUAAACCUGGUUCGUGAACGAAAUUGUUAUAUUUGUCAACUUAUGCAGCGAAUGUUUUUUUCGUGAUUUUAAACGAUUAAAUUAUUUCCAUACACAAUCUUUGUGCAAUUUAUUAUUAUUAUAAUAACAUGAAAUUAUACUUAUAUGAGCGGAUAGUAAAUGAAUAAUAAUUUAUCGGCCAAUUUUUUUAUAAUGCAGAUCAAAUAAAACUUUUGGUUAGUUAAAUUGAUUUUCUGUAAACGCUAAAUAAAAGUAAAAACAAUAGUUAUAUUAUAUACUGUAAGUAUAAAUGUAACUAUAAUAAAAACAAUGGCGUUCGCGAACUAAUCCUGCUAAGAUUAUCUUCGCUCAUCAUCUAAUUCCUUCCGAAACAUUCCAUUUUCGAUAGCAAUAGGUAAUUAGGGAUAUUUACCUCCGAAAUCCGAUACUGACGCCUAGCUCAAACUUGCCUGAUUUCGAACUUUAAAAUACAUCAAAUAUUCGAUAUAGAUACGAUAUGGAUUGGAUAUGUCAGUAUCAAAAGUGACGUUUCUUAAAACAAUCUAUCUAUCUAGACCUAAUAUUUGACUUAUCUUAAACUUCGAAUCGGGCCGAAUGAUUGCGAGGGAGUGUCAUUUUAAACGUCAUAUUUUCAUAGAAAUUUGACAUUAAUGAUGAUAUUUCCACACUGUCAUUUCAAAUAUAAUGCAGAGUUACCUUGGUCCGACUCUGGAGUUAACCGUUCGGGGUUCGGAGUUUUUAUCCUGUCAUUAUAAUAAUAUAUCUUUAUUUACAUUUCUUAAGUAUUAACAUGUAUUAUAUUUCCUAAAGUAGAUUCCGUCUGAGUAUUAUUUAUAUGUGAAACUCGACAACGGCUUUUCUUACAGAAGCUUUUUUGAAAGUUUGUGAAAAUCAAACAUAUCCCACUUGGGCCAUAAGAAUAAAUCAGAAAUACGUAUCUCAUAAAAAAAGGAUGAAUCAUGAAUUUACAUGUCCUAACUCGGGGCACGAAUGCUCAUAAUAAGUGAUGUUUAUUAUUCAAGUGAAUUAAUAUAAUUAUAUGUUAUUUAUACAUUUAGCGUUUAAUCCUCUAUCACUGUAAAGAGGUUCUAUGUCAUGUUUAAUAUCGAGCCUCUUGAUAGUUAAGUAUAAACAUCGCUUUACGGCCCGAUUCGAAGAAUGAGAUACGAUGACGAUAAGUUCUGGUUUGUAUAAGUUCUCAUUUAGAUAUCGUUUGUGUGUCGUAUAAUUGACAGAAGCAGCUCGAUUCGGGCAACCAAUGUCACUUUGAUGUUAGAAAUAUCGUAGAUAGAUCUUAUUGGGAUCACAGCGGAAUCGAAAAAAACGUCAGUUUUGACAUGUCGUUCAGUUAUCGAUCUUUUAAAGAUCUUUAACGUGUCUUAAUCAUUCUUCGAAACGGGCCGUUGGUAUUCAUGUCCGAGGUAGCACAGGUAUGAUCCUAAACAUCUAAUUUAAAAAAAAUUGGUUGCUUUGAAGCUAGGGUGCAAAACACAAUAUACUUAAUAAAAAUGUAAAUCAGCCUACAUAUAAAAAAACAUUUUUUCCGUGGCUAUUCCCCAGCCGGCAAAUUUCUUUCUGAUUUUGCCAAAUUAUGCUAAGUUACCCAAGUACCUAAUAUGUUAUACCUAUAAGUACAUAUAAACAUAUCAUCUUAAUCCUUGUGUCAUAUCCUUCGCGUGAAGACAGAGAGUGAGAUUUCUAUAUUUGUAUCGAUUGUUUUAAUCCAAAAUUACCAGUAGUUGUAAGAAUUUAUACUCGGGACACGAUUUUUAAAACCCCAUUUUAUUUUCCGUGAUGAAUGGCUCUUUUGAGCGAUUUGUGGAGAGCGGCGGAAAAACAAGCUCUCCGUGCUUUAGAGCAGACGCGUUUAGGGUUGGCACAUAAUUGUGAAUUAAGAAUUAUUUUUUGGAGACUUUGAUAUCCUGGGAAGAUUUGAAAAACCCAAGAUAUAUUAUUAACGAAUACAAACGGGACUUAAUCGCGUAUUAAGUUUUAAAUUUACCUCCGACGUUUCGAGGACGGCGUUGUACCCGUGGUCUUGGAGAAGACUGGCUAAAGUUGACAUCAACAUCUAGCCGCGCGAGUUUUUCGAACUACCCGCACUUGGUCUUGUUUAUUGACUUGAACAUUUUGCGCACUAAGGAUGUUACUCUGCCGACACACAAUACUAACGAUAUUCGAUUUUUCGACUGUAGAUAUUCGUUACCCAAGAUAUACACUUAAAAAAAGUUAGUUUCAUUCCUGUUCAUUCAUUUUUUUCUUUUCAUUUUGACUUCGAGAAAUUUUCCAAAAAUGUGUUGGUUUGGAAAUAAAUCUCAAUUCUUUUUUUGUAACAAUGCGGCAUAGGAUAAGAUAAGACAGAUGGUCUAAAACAUCUAUGAACUUGACUAAGUAGGUAUGUUUAGAUAAAGGUCCUAAUAUCUUUUGUCCAGGAGUGUCUUUCGUACAUGAAGAAACUUCACAUCGAAAUAGCCACUUUAAAUUUACCGAAUACAUGAAUAACCCCAAACGGCCGUAUCGUUCCAAAUUUACAUUAAAUUUAAAUAUUACACAAGUAAGUGCAUAAGUCUCCGGAGAUUAUCUAGUGUACAUUUACAUACAAAUUUAACAAAUUACAUGUACCGCGAGCUUCGCAUAUUUAUUGUACUAUUAACCCGCGUACUGAAUGUGCCAAAAUACCUUCUAACUAUAGUUCUCUUCCAUUCUAUAACGUUACAACGUUAUAACGUUUUUAACGAAUUGAUAGUUAUCGAUAACCGUUAUAUUUUAUUCAAAUAUUUCGUUUUAUAUUAGUGACUUUUUAUAGUUUCUUAGUGUAAAUUAACCAAGCUUGCCCCUCACGCUUGUUCAAAUGUAAAUAAAACAAAAUUAUUGCACAAUAAAAUAUUUAAAAGUAUGUAACGUAAUUACUAAUUGUUAAUUAUUCGAAAUAACAUAGUUAUUAAUUUUAAUGUAUAAAACUAUAUCUUUUAUUUUAAAUAAGAGAUAUAUCACUAGAUAAUGUCUACAUACCUUUAUUGUACAGAUUGUGUGAUUUUGACGAUGUAUAUACCUAAAGAUAUUAAAUAAAUUAGUAUAAAAUAUGUGUUUAUUUCUUUAAUAUUAAUAAUGUCCUACCUUACACAUCAUGACAGCAUGAUGAGGCUCAUUUAUUGAGUUGAUAAAGGUACUUGUCCUUUUCUCAAGCGGUACUGGGCGGAACACGUCUGCCGAAUGCACCGCUCAUUGGGCCAAAUUGGCUACCAAAUGGACACCGUCGGUUAGCCGGGGCAGAGGCAGACCAAAAAAGGGGUGGUGGGAUCCCGUUUUGUAGCGACUGGCGGGAGCAUGCACCAAACCGUGAAGAGUGGCAAAAGAAACUCUGCCCAGCGGCAGUGGGACACAAAAUAGGCUAGUGUGCUACAACGGUAGUAAGACUGGUAGUAACACGGGUAAAGCACGAGUAGUACAUUAUUGUCGAUUCACAUAAAUAGCUACUAGCUGGCUGAGGAUUCUUUCUAAAACGACGACCUUGGGAGUCCAUUUAAUUUAAUCCGAAGCCAGUAAGUAGCCUUCCAGCCAAGUCAU